AUGCUGUACCGCGCCAUCAACGGCGACAGCGCCGGCCCCGAGCGCCGCGAGGACCCCGGCGCGCCGCACGCGGCACACGCACCGCACAGAUACGAAUGGUUUAGUUUUUGGGGAAAGAUAGUUUUAUUUAAAAUGUCGAGUAAUAACGAGUGUAGAGUACAGUACGUAUAUGUAAUGUGCCAGUCGGGCGCGCCGCAGGGCCCGCCCACGCCGUGCCCGGCGCGCGUGGAGUACGCCACGCCGGUGUUCGCGCGCAACUACCAGGGCGUGUGGCGCUACGUAGUGCAGAUCCCCUACGAGGGUUACUUCACGCAGACCGUCGAGGUCACCAGAUGCAUGCAGUCGCGCUGCCACUACCUGGAGGGCGGCUGCCUGAGCUCACCGCGCUGGCUGUCGCUGCUGGUGGCCGAGCUGCACUACCCGCCGCAGCCCGCGCCGGAGUACCAGCCGGCGCAGAAGCUAGAUGACGUCAGCACAGAGAAGCCGCACUGCGACGGACACGACGAGCUCGGCUGCUAUCAGGUGCGCCUGUACUAUGACUGGUUCUUGGUGCCGGGCUCGUGCAAGUGCUGGCGGCCCGACUACUUCGCGCGUUACGUGCGCCGCGCGCGGCAGGACCUG